AUGUUAAGUUUUUACGGAAACACCUUAAAAAACUCCACGACUACUGGUAAUCAACGUCCAGACCUGCUUGUUUGGGUGAAGGAUUUGCUCAUAUUCAAAGGAGAGGAAAAAUCGAACGAGAUUGAUUUUGACAUUGCUGUAGAAGAGCUCAAGACAAAGUUCUACCGGCUAGAUUCGUUGCUUUUUGAAAUAUACAAUUAUGCAAAAAGUCAUGAAGCACUUGUACAGGUUGAGAAAGUUGCUACUAGCCGGUCAUCAUAUACAGUCACAAUGACAACAAGAGGCCUCAAAUGCUUGCCCAAAAAUGAGUGUGAGUUACGAAAACUUAUCAAGAGUAUUCUGCAUGGGCUUAACUGGCUCCAUUCAGGAGGGCAUGCAGAUGAACCAUUUGAAGAGUUACUUACAGAUUGGGAUAGUAGAACAUUAGUGAAUGGACAAUACACAGUGUUUUCAGAGCUCUACCAAGUGGGAAAAAUGAUGGAAAAGUUUGAUGCAAUUCUCUCUGAACAGGGAAAACAAUUUGUAGCAAUGUUGAAGGAAAAACAAACAGCAGCAAAUGAGGCUUUAUUGCAUGCAUGGAUAAAUGGGACAGAUUAG